AUAUAGAUUCUUGUGAACAAAUUUCAUUGUGAACGUAGUCCCAUUCUACGACCAUCCAAUGAAUGAGCAAGUCACAGGUGACCAAUAAGCGAGUGGUUCACAAGAGCAUCAGGAAUGUGUCAACAUUGAGUCAGCUGACCGCCAGCGUACCAGCAGUAUUAACCUGUGCGCGCCCCUGAGGAGCCUGGCCGCAGGGCCACUGUCUGGGUUGUGUUGCCGCCAUGCAGGCCUUCCACACCCAGCUGGCGGUGGGCACGUACGCCCUGGUCGCCUGGUUUAGCCUUUACCUGUUGAUCGCAGAAGCACUGCGCAUGUGGACAAGGACCAGUAGUUUAUCCCCCGCCCACCGCGCCCACAUUGCCGAGAGCUUUGUGUCGGGUGUGCAGGGGGUUGCCUGUAGUGUGGUGGGUGUGAUGACAGUCAUUGCUUGCUGGCAUGAUGUUAUGCGGGACAAAUACCCACUGGCUUUGUACUAUUCGUCAAUCGGAACAGCCUACUUCAUUUAUGAUUUGUGGGCUAUGUUCAGAAGCCACAGUGCCAGGUCCGAAUGUGACUCGGUGGGUGCCUUACUCCUCUCUUACGUGAAGAAGGAUCUACUGAUGAUUGUACAUCAUCUCACAAUAGUGUGUGUGCUCUUCCCAGCAGUUGUUUACCACUCGCCCAUGGGACACUUCUUCAUAGGAUGCUUCUUCUGCACUGAACUCUCAACCCCCUUUGUCAAUGCUCGUGUUAUUCUCAGUCGCCUGGGAUUGAAAAAUUCUACAAUAUAUAUGGUCAAUGGCAUUUUGAUGAUGAUAGUGUUCUCCAUGUGCCGUGUUGCUAUGUUCCCUGUCAUGUAUGCUGUGUAUUUGAGCCAGCAGACGAGAGCACCAUCCCACAUCCAUGCUCUUGCUUCCAUCCCCAUCACCUGCCACCUCUCCUGUCUCCUUGUACUGGCACCACAGAUAUACUGGCUCAACAUGAUGGUAAAGGGAGCAGUGGCGGUCUUGAAAAGUACACCAUCGCAGCUGAGCAAAGAUUAUUGAUGAAAGUCAUGUUGUAAGGAAUUAAAAUCUAGUCAACAUAAUAUGUACUGGAAUUCAUUCUUGGUUCAGUUUUAACCAAGAAUUUAUGAUAUUGGUGUUUUCUUGUUGUUACUUUUCUUUUUCAA